AUGGCGGCCGGGCCGCUCUUUCCGCCCGGCUCUAUGGUUCCGGGUGGGGGCGGCCCGGCUUUGAAAGCGCGAGGCGGGAAGGAGGCCGUCGGGCCCGAGGCUGAGGGGACGGCGGCCAUGACGACGCCUCCGCCGCCGUGGCGGAGCCGGGGCGGGAAAAGGCGCCGCUCGGGCAGCCCUCGGGGCCCGGGGCCGCCCUCGCCGAGCCCGCCCCCCGGCCCAGGGCAGGGUCCGUCGGUGACGGUUCCCGAAGGCCGGAUGGACAAGCUGCUGCUGGCCAGCUGGGGGCUGCCCCACGAGGUUCUGGAGACAUACCGACGCCUCGGCGUGGUGCGCAUGUUCGAGUGGCAAGCCGAGUGCCUCCUCCUCGGGCGGGUCCUGGGAGGAAGAAACCUCGUCUACUCAGCUCCUACGAGUGCCGGGAAGACUCUCGUGGCCGAGCUGCUUAUUCUGAAGAAGGUUUUGGAAACCCGUAAGAAAGCCCUCUUCAUUUUGCCCUUCGUCUCGGUGGCCAAAGAGAAAAAGUAUUACCUGGAGAACCUGUUCCAGGAGGUCGGACUCCGGGUGGGCGGCUACAUGGGCAGCAGCUCGCCAGCGGGCCGCUUCUCUUCCCUGGAUGUUGCCGUCUGUACCAUCGAGCGAGCCAACGGGCUCAUCAAUCGCCUCAUUGAGGAAGAGAAGAUGGAUCUGUUAGGGAUGGUGGUGGUGGACGAGCUGCACAUGCUGGGAGACUCCCAUCGGGGCUAUCUGUUGGAGCUUCUGCUGACCAAGGUCCUCUUCGUAACGCGGAGAACCGCCGCCAGCCAGGCCAGUUCACCGAAUGAUUUCCAUGAAGGUGUUCAGAUAGUGGGCAUGAGCGCCACUCUCCCUAACCUGGGUCUCUUGGCAUCCUGGUUGAACGCUGAGCUGUACCAGACGGAUUUCCGGCCGGUGCCACUUCUGGAGCGGGUGAAGAUCGGCGGUGCCGUCUACGAUGCCUCCCUGAAACUGGUUCGGGAGUUCCAGCCGGUGCUCCGGGUCAAGGGCGAUGAGGACCACGUUGUCAGUUUGUGCUACGAGGUCAUCCACCAAGGCCAUUCUGUCUUAGUCUUUUGCCCGUCCAAGAGCUGGUGUGAGAAGCUGGCCGACAUCAUAGCCCGCGAGUUCUACAACCUGCAACAGCGCCAGGCCGAGGAUCCAUCCCAUCCUGCCCCGGUCGUCCUGGACCAAGCGGGACUCCAGGAGGUGACGGACCAAUUAAAGCGCUCGCCUUCGGGACUGGACUCGGUGCUCCAGCGGACUGUGCCGUGGGGUGUGGCGUUCCACCACGCAGGCCUCACUUUCGACGAGCGGGAUAUUAUCGAGGGGGCUUUUCGGCAGGGGCUCGUUCGGGCGCUGGUGGCCACCUCCACCCUUUCCUCGGGCGUGAACUUGCCCGCCCGUCGCGUGAUCAUCCGCACCCCCACGUUCGGCGGCCGGCCGCUCGACAUCCUCACCUACAAGCAGAUGGCCGGCAGGGCCGGCAGGAAGGGCGUGGACACAGUCGGUGAGAGCAUCUUAGUGUGCAAGUACUCCGAGAAGUCGAAAGGCAUCGCUCUGCUCCAGGGGUCCCUAAAGCCCGUCCGCAGCUGCCUCCGGACCGGAGCCGGGGAAGAGAUGACGGCCAGCAUGAUCCGAGCCAUCUUGGAGAUAAUAGUCGGCGGGGUGGCCAGCACGGCCCAGGAGGUGCAGACUUAUGCCUCCUGCACCCUGUCGGCGGCCAGCCUGCGCGAGGGCCAGCGGGCCGCCCCGGGGGACCAGGACACCGUCGAGCGGGGAGCGAUCGAGGCCUGUGUGGCGUGGCUGCUGGAGAACGAAUUCAUCCGGGUCCGGGAAGCCGGCGAAGAUAAAGGGAAAGUGUAUCAGCCAACCCAUCUGGGCUUAGCCACCCUCUCUUCCUCGCUGUCACCGACGGAGGCUCUGGGGGUUUUUGCUGACCUGCAGAGGGCUAUGAAGGGGUUCGUCCUGGAGAACGACCUGCAUAUCCUCUACCUGGUCACGCCUGUCUACGAGGACUGGAUCACCAUCGACUGGUACCAGUUCUUCUGCCUGUGGGAGAAGUUGCCCACCUCGAUGAAGCGGGUGGCCGAGCUGGUGGGGAUCGAAGAAGGGUUCCUGGCCCGCUCGGUGAAAGGAAAGAUUGUGGCAAAGACGGAGAAACAGCACCGACAAAUGGCCAUCCACAAAAGGUUUUUCACCAGCCUUGCCCUGCUAGAUUUAAUCAACGAAGUGCCCCUCAAGGAAAUGACAGAGAAAUUCGGCUGCAGCCGGGGGCAGAUUCAGUCUCUCCAGCAGUCAGCGGCUACUUAUGCGGGGAUGGUGACGGUGUUCUCUAACCGCCUGGGCUGGCACAACAUGGAGCAGCUGCUCUGCCAGUUUCAGAGCCGCCUGUCGUUCGGCGUCCAGCGGGAGCUGUGCGACCUGGUCCGGGUGUCCCUGCUCAACGCCCAGCGGGCCAGAGCCCUCUACGCGGCUGGCUUGGUCACCGUGGCCGACCUGGCCCGGGCCGGGGCGGACCGGGUGGAGGCGGCGCUGAGGAACGCCGGGCCGUUCCGGAGCACCCGCCGGGCGGUGGACGAGGAAGAGGAGGCGGCCGAGGAGCGUCGGCAUAAGCGCACCAUCUGGGUGUCCGGGAGGAAGGGCCUGACGGAGAGAGAGGCGGCGGUGCUUGUCGUGGAGGAGGCCACGGCCAUUCUGCAGCAGGACCUGGCCGGGAUGGGCGUCCGCUGGACUCCGGAUUCUCUUCUGAAGCCGGGACCCGGAGCGGGGGCCGACGGCGACUCGGAGGCGGAGGACCGGGAGUUGAGGCGGCGUGCCGGACGGUCAUUUCAGAGGUCCGGGACCCCCGAGGGGAAGGACAAGGGAGCCCAGCCCAGGCCUCGUCCAGUCAAGAGUCCACCGAGGGCGGUGCCAGAAUCCGGUAAAGAGAACCAGGGGCGUCCUCCUCCUCGGACCUCCGGCUUCGGAAUCCCCGGGGAGGGUGUCCCACGACAUCAGCCCACACCGGGAGAGCCAGGUGCCGCAGCCUGGCUGCCCGGGGCAGGGAAGCGGAUGACCUUGGACCGUGGCAUGGGAAAGGACAACACUCGGGUGCCCGAAGGCCGGCCCGGCUCCCGGAGGAAGGAUCGAGCGCUCUCUCUAGAAGAUGGGAUAACACCGGCUCUGAGCCCCACUUCAGAAAACCUGCCAACUACUCCCAGAUUCGGAGCUCGGAGCGGGGCGGCAAACCAGCCCGAAGACAAAACUGGGAGGUGCAAGCGACGUCGCUUGCUUCCGGGAGACUCUGGGACGCAGAGGACGGGGUCUCGGGGCCGCGGGGGACCCGGCGGCGGUGGUCGGAAAGAAUCCCCCUCCUCCGGCGGAAAGACUGUGGACGUUUUAGGGUCCGGGUCCCCUGCUCCCAACCCUUCUGUUCACGUUAGGGCCGAGCGGGACGCGAACAAGUCAUCGGACCCUCCACCCGCCGAGGGAACCCGUUUGGAGGGUCCCUUUGUAAAGCCAGGUCCCGAGAAGAAGCCUUGGGACACCCCGGAACCUCAAGCCAGGCGAACCGGGAACCGACGGGCGCAGCGAGGGCCUGGAGGUGGCGUGCACAAGAACGAUGCAGUCGUUGGCUCGGAAAGCGGGCACGAUCGCCACUGGAAACGUGGGAGGCCGAGCGUCCCCGGGCCCACCGUCACCUCCCUGGAUUUUCGGGAUGUGGAGGGAAGUAUAACUAGGACAGCCGAGCCCCGGGAAGAACCGGUCCAGGACGGGGGCCGACUUAGGGACGCCUCUCAGAGGGACGGCAGAGCAGGCGUCUGUGCCGCAACCCAGUUGAAAGCCCAGCGGCCUGCGGACCCGGACCUCGGGCCUGGGGACUUUGAAGAUAGCUUCCAGCUGGACACCCAGACGGAGAAAAUCAUUCAGCAGCGGCCGACGGCCGAGAGUCCCGGACGACGGGGGACCGAGGGCCCGGCAUGGAGGGGCAGCGGGCACGCCAGCCGAGCCGGCGCUUUCCAAAACGAGGACGUCGCCUCGGGGCACCUGAAUCACGCGUCCGCGAACGCCAGGAAGCAAACCGCCAGGAUCCUGAGCCCGGCAGGUCUCCGGUCCAGGCCCCCCGAGCAGCCCGGGGACGCUGCACCCGGCGGCAGUGAAGGAAACGAGGUGUCGGUCACUGACUCCCAACUCACUCGCUUUCUUCAGGGUUUUCAAACUCCAGAGUCAAAAGCAGAGAGCCUCCCCGCGACCCCCGCAACGAGACCCGUCCAGCCGACCCCGUCCAGCGUAGCCGAGGGCCGGUCCGUCUCCGAGAGCAGCCUGAAUCUCAGUAGCAGUUUAUUGUUCGACAGUUUCGACGGUGACCUUCCCGGAAGCCAAGCAGAGCCCGUCUGUGACCCGCAGGCGGCCGAGCCCCUCCCGCUGGGGAUCCCACCGGACCACGGCACUGACCACCCGUGCCCCUCGCGCCGGGAGCCGCCGAGGAGGGUGACCGUUGGCCAUUCGCCCGCCAUCGAGCCCCAGCCGGCCCUGUUCGGCGACAAGUCCGUCGACUUCUCAGAACUGGACUCUCUCCAGAUGGCCGAAGUCCUGAUUCCCGCUCCCAGCCCAGAGGCGCGGGCCCCCACCUCGCCUUCUGAGGGAGCGGAGCCAAGGGAGCCGUCGGACGUUGAGAAGGACGAUGGCCGCCACUCUGUCGCGGGCGGACGUGGGCCAGGUGGAGGAUCUCCGGGGGCUGAAGUCCCCAGGGAAGAGGGAGAAAGUCCCGGGCUGUGGUCGCAGACGUUCGAUUUGAGCCCGGGACUACAGGGCCUUUUAGAUAAUUGUCCCCGCCCCCCAGAAGCCGUCCAGCCGAACGGGGCAGGUUCGGGUCUGCACGGAGGGGAAGAGGAGCCGGCGGACUUCAGGAGCCGGGAGGAGACUGGUUCAGCCGUGGUACCCGGUCACCCGCGCAGAGGGUCAGCGUCCCCUGAGGUCGGUUCACGAUCCGAGCGGGGGAGGUCGGACCGUAGGGCCGGGCCCCCGGCGCUGCGCGCUCAGACUGCGUCUCCUCUGAAAGGCGAGGGAGGCCUUGGGGCACCCGAUCCCCAUCUCGACGGGGGCCUCGGACUGAUCCCGCCAACACCCGCCGCUGCUAAGCCCGUCCUUCCAAGCGCCCUGGGCAUGUCCUGUGGGAAGCCCAACAAAACCCAGGGGAUUCCGGGCCGAGAUGGAGCCUGGCAUCUCCUACCGCAAAACGCAGCCACUCGCGGCUCGGCCCCGGAGCCGCAAGACCAGCGCGUCGACCCGAGGGCCGGCGGAGUCUCCGCCGAGCCGUCCCGGGACGCUUGGCUCUCCCCCUCGGUCCCCGGCAGCGCCGAGACCCUGACCGUCAUUGAUGUGGCCAGUGACAGGACUCUCUUUCAAACGUUUAUCCGAGAAUGGCAGGGCCAGAGAAGAUUUGCCAUCUCGGUGGCUUGCGAGAAGAUCGGUCGGCCCAAGCCCCCCAGAUCCACGAUCGGGGGCCAGCUCAAGGAAGAAAGAUCCUCGCGGCCCGUCCCGAUCACCGACGACGGGUUUCCAGUCCAGGGGUCCGAGGACGUCUCGGUGGUCGGCCUGGCCGUCUGCUGGGGCGGGAAGGACGCCUACUAUCUGUCACUGCAGCGGGACCAGAGUCAUUCCGACAUCAGUGCCAGCUUGGCACCCCCUUCUCUGGACCCACGCCUGCCGGUGGAAGAGAGACUGCGGCACCUCCGAUCCUGCCUGCAGCAAGAGCCCGAGGGACGGCGCUCGCUGGUCGUGUACAAUUUCAUCCCGCACUACAAAACCCUGCUCGGGGCCUGUGACGUCUCCCUGGCCGGCAGCUUCGAGGACCCAAAGGUGGCCUGCUGGCUCCUGGACCCGGGCUCCGUCGAACGGACCCUGCACGGCAUCGUCGCCAGCUUCCUCCCCGACGAGCUGCCCCUGCUGGACGGCAUAGACUCCGGCCCGGGGGUCCAGAGCCUCGGGCUGAGGGCCGGCGCCCGCCGCUCCGGACGCUACCGGGCCGCCGUCGAGUCUGUUCUCGUCUUCGCGGCGAUGGAGCGACUCAACUGCCUGCUGCACAAAGAAAACCUACAAGGAGUUUUCAGCCAAGUGGAGAUGCCCACGCGGUACUGCCUGGCCCUGCUGGAGCUCAACGGGAUUGGCUUCAGCACGGCAGAAUGUGAGUCCCAGAAGCAGGUCAUGCGAGCCAAGCUGGACGCCAUCGAGGCCCGGGCCUACCAGCUGGCCGGCCACGCCUUCUCCCUCACCUGCCCCGAUGACGUCGCUCAGGUCCUGUUCUUAGAACUGAAGCUGCCCCCAAAUGGAGACGCGAGGCCGCCGGGGAACAAGAAGACCCUGGGCUCCACCAGGAGGCCGGCGGCCGGUAGCCGCGCGGGAAAGCUGGGCCGGCAGUUCAGCACCACCAAGGAUGUGUUGGAGAGGCUCAAGGCCCUGCACCCGCUCCCGGGCCUGAUCCUGGAGUGGAGGAGGAUCACCAACGCGCUGACCAAAGUGGUGUUCCCCCUGCAGCGGGAGAAGUGCCUCAGCCCCGGCCUGGGCAUGGAGAGGAUCUACCCCACGGCGCAGACGCACACCGCCACCGGCCGGAUCUCCUUCACGGAGCCCAACCUCCAGAACGUGCCCAGAGACUUCGAGAUCGAGAUGCCCACCCUGGUUGGAGAGAGCCCGCCCUCCCAGGGCCCCGGCAGGGGCGCGUCUCGCCGGACCAGAGGCCAGAGAAACUGCCCCCUGGGUGGCGGCCCGCGGGUGCCGGCUGAGGAGGAGAGCACCCCCAGCCGGGGGAUGCCGUUUUCUGUCAGCAUGAGGCACGCUUUUGUUCCUUUCCCAGGAGGGCUGGUCCUGGCGGCCGACUACUCCCAGCUCGAGCUACGCAUCCUGGCCCACCUGUCCCGGGACCGCCGCCUGACCCGGGCCCUCGACGGGGACGCGGACGUGUUCGAGAGCAUCGCGGCCGAGUGGAAGGCCGUGGACGCGGCCGCUGUGGGGGAGGGCCUGCGGCAGCGGGCCAAACAGAUCUGCUACGGGAUCAUAUACGGGAUGGGGGCCAAGGCCCUGGGGGAGCAGAUGGGCCUAGCCGAGAGCGACGCCGCCCGCUACAUGGAGACCUUCAAAGGCCGGUACCCAGGGGUCCAGCGUUUCCUGCAGGACACGGUGAGGCGCUGCGGCAGGGACGGAUUCGUCCAGACUCUCCUGGGGCGCCGCAGAUACUUGCCCGGAAUCAGAGACGUCGACCCCUACAGCAGAGCCCACGCCGAGCGCCAGGCCGUCAACACCGCCGUCCAGGGCUCGGCCGCCGACAUCGUCAAAACCGCCACCGUCAACAUUCAGAGGCGGCUCGAGGCCCUGCCCUCCGCGGCCAGGUCACACGGACACCGGGACGGCGGCUUCCGGAGGGGUGGGCCGGGAGGAUCCGAGAAGAGGAGAGCCCCGGGAGGGCUCUGCCCCAUCAGAGGCGGCUUCUUCGUCCUCCAGCUGCACGACGAGCUCCUGUACGAGGUGGCCGAGGAGGACGCCGUUCCGGUGGCUCAGAUCAUCAAGAGUGAAAUGGAGAACGCCGUGAAGCUCUCGGUGCGGUUGAAGGUGAAAGUGAAAAUCGGGCCCAGCUGGGGAGACCUGCAGGACUUCGACGUCUGACGGGGCAGAGCCCGGAGCGGGAGCCCCCCUCCCUCCCCUCCUCGGUCCAGGCUGGACGCGGUGGGCCCGGAUGGGGACGGACUGGCUGGAUGGUCUCGUCGACUCGGUCGCCGCCACCUUCCCGAACCCGCGCCCGAGAGAGCCGCCAGGCCUCUCGUGGACGGGUCUGAGUCUGGGCGGCCGCCCCCACGGACUGCGGGUCGGCCGGCUCCCCUUCCCCGAGGACCGUGGGUCGGCCGGCGCUCCGGUGGACCGUGGGUCGCUCGCUGAGCUUCCCCCGAGACUUUUGGGUCGGCCGACCCCCCCGAGGAUUAGGGGUUGAGGAGUUCCUCGAGGACUGUGGGUCGACCGGCUUCCCCGCGGACUGUUUAUCGAUCUCCACCUGGGCGCGGCGGGUCCGUGCUUCGUCUAGCGUGCCGGGGCCGGCGGGGCAGGCGACCGUUAACAAAUGAAUUGUGUCCUGUGCAGAGUGGAAAUGGUGAUUCUUUCCAGGCGGGGCCCGUGCCUUCAGAAUCCAAGCGGCGGGUGGAUCUCUCCCCACCUCCCUCCGCCCCCCCGCUUGCU